CUCUCUAGCUCUCUCUCUCUCUCUCUCUCUCUCUCUCUCUCUCUUAGACGCACGGAGGAGACUCGCAUUCGUUCGCAUUCGUUCUUGAUUCGAAGCUUCUUCGGCGCGACUUCAAUGGAGACCCCUUCGUCGAACAGGAGAGUCACGAGGUCUCAAACCGCCACCAGCAACGGCAAGAACCUUCCAAUGAGGAAGUUGGAAGAUUCUGAUUUGAGGCAGAGGACCAAUGAGAAGCAGCAGCAGCAAGAUCGGUCCGCGCUCAUCGACAUAACCAACGAUUCUCCCAUCGUCGGGGUCGCGGCCGGGAACAGCUUGCGGACCCCGUCCUCGUUGAUUGCGAAUAAGAGGAGCAACAGAGCCAAGAGCACCCCUGGCUCUGGGGAGGCGCUGUUGAGGGGUCAGGUCAAGAUCCUACUGCAGAAAGUAGAGGAGGAGGCCGUGCUUUCGAGGGCUUCUAUGGAAAACAGGCCAUUGGUUCGCCUUCAAGGGUUGGUUAACAACUCCCCAGUGGGGCUUCUUGCGCCAACUCCGGCGAACACGCCGCAGGUGCUGAGUCUAUCAGAUGAUGGAAGCAUGAACAGUGGCUCGGUGUCCUCAAUUGCUUUGAUCAAUGUUGAAGAGCAGCUAAUUUCUCAGCAGGUGGUAAGUGACAUCUUUGAUGGAAAGGAGCAAGAGAGUCUUGAGUCGCAAAAGAGCAUCAUAACUCGGUCUCUGCUGUCGGAUUUCUAUGAGAAAUCCGAACUUUCUGACUCGUCUGAAUGCACGUCUGUGCUCACCUGCCUAGGAGGACCAGAAGGAGAGAGUGGAUCCAAAGAGAAGUCAUCGACCGCAACAGACGAUGACAGUGCCUCUGUUUGGUCCAUUCAGGUCAAUGCAAGCGCCCAUGGCGAAGAUGAAGAUGAUGAGGAUGCACUCAUCGAAGAAGAAGGAGGCGAGGAGGAGGAGGAGGAGGCGGAGGAAGACGAAUACGAAGAAGAGGAUGGAUCUCUCGUGGAUGAACUGUGUCAAGGAAUGAGCAAAAUGUGGGUGAACGGCGAGAAGAUGCCGGAAUUCGCAGGAAGCCACACCAGGUUUGUCUACAACAGCGAUGAUGAAAUUGUCGGAGAAGAAGAGGAGGGAAGCGGCUGCAAGGGCGAUGUCUCGCCGGGCAUCGUGCGGUUGAAGGGACUGCCGACACCAAGAGGAAAGCACAUGCGUUUUGCCGAGGAAGAAAAUGCAGAUUGAUAGAGUGGUGAUUUGAUGACACACAGACAGACACACACCCUUUUGCCGUUUUUACUGGUUUUUCUUUUUUUCUCUUGGGAAGAAUUGGUUGGAUGAUGAUGUUUACUGGUUAUUUCAUCAAGUAGAUGAAAAGUGUGAGGAAAUAUGUGGUGGUGGUGAUGUCCAGAAACUAUUGUUUCUUCGAAUAAAUCAAUCGAAAUUUUGUUAUAUUUCCUUUCGAA